GCUUCUGCUGCAGAAACUACACCGUAUCACACCUCAAUCCUCUCUGGAGAGGGAUGGAUGCUCGAGCUGUUGCGAGGUCAACCUGACCGGAUACAUUCCGAGCUCGGUUUCAAAUACCACACCUUCCACAUACUCUUGCAAGAACUUCGAUUACUUGGCUAUGGUGACUCCCGUCACUGUUCCCUUGAAGAGCAACUCGGCAUCUUUCUGUAU